GUGAGACCGGACAUUCAGUUCGAUGAACUUCGAAAGAACGCGAUUCGAGCACUCACUGACUUUCUCGGCUGUCGUCCGCUCAACGAUGAUAACGACUUUGAAGACGACCAACUGCUUCGGGCCUUUUUUGGAUUACGGUUUUGGAUAGUGGAUGCUGGUCCUGGGUUAUCCCCUGUUGCACGACACGGUGGACCUUUCCUCCGUCCCAGUGCCUUUCUGGAUGCUGCCGUCUUCCAACGGCGACAGCGCCAACCGGCCGAAACUUCUGCGCCUGCUGGCAGUCUGGCCCACUUCCAAGCUUCCGUCCAUUAUCUUUCGACCGCCAACCCUGUGCAGCCCUGCAAAUGA